CAAUGGUGUGAUGUAGAAGGGUAUCAUUAUGAGUUUCGACUUUCGAGUAUAGUGAUGGGUUUAGGGUUUGAUAAAAAUUUGCUUCCGGUUUCAGAGAUUCUUUGGUAACAGUCAUCCGGGAUGACUCAUCCCUCCUCGGCUAUUCCUCUUCCCUCUUCCCUCUGAAUAAGGAAACACUCGUUGGCAAUGGAAUAAUCGUAUCUCCUAUUUGUUUACUAAAAAAAUCGUAUCUCCUAUUCUGCAAUUUCCUUUUGGGUUUUCUAUUUUUUGUAGAUUUCAAUGGAAACCCAAGGCUUUCUUUCUGGGCUUUGCCUGAACUCAGCCACGCCACAGAUUCUUUAGUUACGGUUAUCUCUACUCGGCUCCUCCACUUUCCCUCUGAAAAAGCUUAGGAACUGUCAUCACAAUGGAAUAAUUGUAUCCCCUACUCUCCAUUCUCGAAUCCCUUUUCGGGUUUUGUCUUCUGUCGUAGAUUUCAAUGGAAGCCCAAACCUUUCUUUCUGGGUUUUGUUCGAACUCGGCGAUGCCACUACUUCAAAAACCUGGAAAAUCAACAGUUAUAAGAUUGCUAUCUUCGUCUUCUUCUUCCUUCAUUGAAUCCCAGAAAUGGGUUACUCUCAAAACCCAUUUUUUUUCAAAGCUAGUUUCACAAAAAGUGGGAACUAGAAAGAGAUUAGAGUGUAGAAACGCAGUAGAAGUGGUAGGGGACCUUACGGAAAGUGGGAAGGUUUCGAUGAAUGACGUUCGACGGAAAAAAUUGGCAGUUUUCGUCUCUGGUGGGGGAUCGAACUUUCGGUCCAUACACGAGGCCACUGUCCAGGGAUCAGUUCACGGGGACGUCGUUGUUUUGGUAACAAAUAAACCUGGUUGUGGGGGUGCUGAAUUUGCAAGAGAUUGUGGAAUUCCUGUUAUUCUGUUUCCCAAAACAAAAGAUGUGCCUGAGGGACUAUCUUUGACCAAUCUUAUAACUUCUCUGAGAAAAUUGGAGGUCGACUUUAUCCUUCUAGCUGGAUACUUAAAACUUAUACCAGAUGAGUUAGUUCAGGCCUACCCAAGAUCCAUAUUAAACAUCCAUCCUUCUCUUCUUCCUGCUUUUGGUGGCAAAGGCUACUAUGGUACGAAGGUUCAUAAAGCUGUUAUUGCUUCUGGAGCUAGAUAUUCUGGUCCUACAAUCCACUUUGUUGAUGAAAAUUACGAUACAGGGUGUAUCCUUGCCCAAAGGGUAGUACCUGUUUUGGCAAAUGACACUGCAGAGGAGCUUGCUGAAAGGGUCCUUCAUGAGGAGCAUCAAUUGUAUGUUGAAGUAACUGCGGCAGUAUGUGAAGAGCGGGUUACCUGGAGGGAAGAUGGAGUACCUCUCAUCCGAAGCAGAGAAAACCCAAAUAAAUACAGCUGACCAACAUAUGGCUUGGAAUAUCUGUGUCCAUUACUCUUGCUUUUGGUAGGCCAUUGUUAAGACUCUCGUGUUCUAUAAAAAUGCACCAAAUUUUCAUCAAGGUUUGCAUCAGAUCGGCAUUUUCUGUCAACCACUGCUGUAUUGCCUAGUGGUACAGAUUCUGGGAUGAUUUUUAUUUUUUUUAUUUUUUAUUUCCUGAGAAACAGCUAAUCUGCUUCUGGGCUAUACAUUCAUAGACUGUGUAAGGUUCUAAAACACAUUUAUGCUUUUUGGGUUUAUCAGCUAAGGAGUUGCUGAUCAGUGUUAGUGUCAAUAAGACAGUAUAAGUGGAGAACACCCCCCCGCCCACCCGGGCUCUCAAAAAAAAAAAGGGGGGGGAAUAAAGAAAAAGAGACUAGUUUUUAUAACUUUUUUUUUUUCUCUCUUACCCUUUGUUUUCUAAGUUUUCUCCCUCUAUAUGAUUUGUAGAACAGUUGAUGCAGUUAUUGAAUAUAAUGUCCUCCUAUGUUAAUGGAUCAA